CCCUACGUUAGUACCCUCUACCUAUACCACGCAUCUUGAUUCUUCACCGCUUGAUUCUAAUAAAACCUGAACAUCAAGGUCAGCAAUUCUUAUCUAACGGACAAAAUCACGUACUGAAUUCUAACCAGACUCAGCAGAUCCCUGCAUCACGACCCUUCCUUAUCCUACGCACACUUGACUAGUUGACCAAACACUCGCACAAACACACCCUAAUGGCCACUGAGUUACAGCCACCGGACAAUCCAACAACCGUCGCCGUUGCAUCCACAACAGCCGCAACAGCUGCUCCAGCAUCUACGAAUUCUACGGCAAUACAGCCGGUUCAAACUGAUGCCGCCGGACCCCCUCUGGCCCCGAAACGGCAGCGUCGGCCCAGCGUAAGAUUGGGCGAGAUCGGAGACCAACCUUCGUACGACUCGCACGUGCGCCGCAACAAACCGUUCCAUCACACUUGGCGUCUCCCUAAAGAUGCCUCAUCUAAAUCAAUCAAGGCUCGUUCCUUAACAAACCUAGUGAACGGAAGUGUCUUGCUGGAUUUUCAAGAAGACGAAGACAGGAAUCAGAAUGGCGAUGGCAACAACAACACUAGCAAUCUUGAAUUUACUCACAGGAAAGUGAAAUCUAAGAGAGCGCCGACGGCAAAGAGAGCGAGGACCAACUGGACAUCGAGAAUUGACGAAGGGGCUGAAGGUGACAGUAGAGAGGAUGGGGACGAAACGUUUCGAGAUUUCGAUCAUGAUUCGGACAGUCCUUUAAAAGACCAAAGCCCCGUCCAUUCGGUGGAUAACGUGGCUAUGGAUUUUUGGCCCGGUCACAGGCGAGGGGCCUCGGGGUCGGAUCCGGGUCGGACUAGGGUUUCGGAUGGUCGAGAAAAUGGGGGAGCUGAAUUUGACAAUGAUCCUGGAACUUGUGAUGGAGUGAGGUCGUUUCUGAUUGAAUUAGGGUUGAGUCGAUACGCACCCGUUUUUGAGAUACAUGAAGUGGAUGACGAAGUGUUGCCUAUGUUGACAUUAGAAGAUCUUAAAGAUAUGGGAAUAAAUGCCGUGGGUUCUAGAAGGAAAAUGUAUGCCGCCAUUCAGAAGCUUCCAGCUCUACUUGCAGAAACUAUAGCCAAGCCCUCUGAAACGUAACUAGUUCUCAUUCUCAAAACCAGUCAGAUGAACAUUUCCAGUCUGUAGGGUGUUGCUAGUAUGCACUAUUGAAUAGUAUUUGCUCUCUAUUUCACAUUCGCGAGGGAGUGUUUUGCACAUUGUAAAGUGUCUGCUUAGAUUUAACUUUGAUAGUAGAAUUUGUAAUGUAGUUUACAUUAGUUUGGCAAAUUCAAUGCUAUCUGGGUAUAUUUAGAGGCAUGAGUAGAAUCAUUUUUUUUGGGCUUUGGUUUUGAAGAUCUUUGUCUCUCCCCUCGGUUUUAGGAGCUAAACAGUCACAGUUGGAUGUGUUUUAGUUUACAACAAUGAAUCCUAGAAUUGCGCUGACAGGCUUUUGUAGGACUUUCUGUUGGCAUGGCUAGGCCUUGAAGUCUUCAAAGUUCAAGUCCAACCUUACAGUUGGAUUGGUGAAGGAUUUGAUAUGUUGGCUGGUUUGGAUUGUAUUAUUUCCGUCUCUACAAGUCCAACCCUACAGUUGGAUUCAAAUAGACGGUUACGAAGUUAAAAAGUUCAUCAAUUUUCAGGAACAUUUAUCAACUACGAUUUGAUUCAGUUGUCUGAACAAAGCUUAAUCCGAGAUUGAUGAUUUAAAGUUUAAAUUUUA